UUCUAUCUAAACGGGAGAAAGCAGACCAAGGAACGUCUAUGAUGUCCAAGAGAAGGGCUACACUUGCAUCCGUCAAAUCAGUUGCAACUCUUUCUAAGGUAUGUUCCUCCCACUCGAAGCUAAAGUUUCCCCACAAAUUCAUAGAUGCGAUCAGAACCUUUACCUUGGUGAAGCACUUAAGCACUGCCGCAGAAAUAUCAUAUUUUCAAGCGGAGCACUCUAUCGUGGGAGAAAACCCUGAUGAUUCUGGUGAAGGAUCUCCGUUGGACUGCCAGAAUAAUAAUUCCAAUGGGUAUUAUCAGAACCCAGAUGCUUUUCAUAGACAGAGCCUUGGAGUUUCUCAGCAAAACCCAAGUGGGUUUUACAGAGAAAACGUUAGAGAGUAUCAACAGAAUCCGGACCGGUUUCACGCGGAAAGCCUUAGAGAAGAGUUUCAGCAGAACCUAGUUGCGCAAGUUGGAAAGUUUAAUAAUUCUCAUCUCGAAAACGCUAGGAACUCUAAUGGAUUUGCUGCGGACCUGCGAAGGCCAAAUGUGUAUCCUAGAGAACAAUCUUGCCAACAGAAUCUACUUGAAUCUUACAAAGCAAGCGGUUCAGAAAUCCAACAGAGACCAAAUGAGUUUUACCAAUGGAACCCAAAUGGGCAUUGCAGAGAAAAUACUGGACAGUUUCAGCAGAACCCAAAUGGAUAUCACAGGGAGAUCGUCCGGCAGUUUCAACCAAAUCCGAAUGGAUAUUCCAUUGAAAAUGCAAGUGUUGGACAAUUUCAGCGCAGCUCAAAUGGACAUCAGAGUGGAAAUGUUGGCCAAUUUCAGCAGAAUCCAAAUGGGUACCAGAGUGGUAGCGUUGGACAAUUUCAGCAGAUUCCAAAAGGAUAUUACAGCGAAAGUGUUGGAAUUGUUGGCCAAUUUCAGCAGAAUCCAAAUGGGUACCAGAGUGGUAGCGUUGGACAAUUUCAGCAGAUUCCAAAUGGAUAUUACAGCGAAAGUGUUGGAAUGGUCAGGCAAUUUCAGCAGAACACAAACGACCUUCAGAGAGAAAUGCUUGGUACUCAAGCAACAAACGACGUGAAACAGGUUGAAACAGCUGAAAAUAGGCAGUUCAUGGGCACUAUUGAUGAACUGGAUGCUUUUUGCAAGGAGGGUAAAGUGAAGGAAGCAGUGGAAGUUUUGGGUUUAUUAGAGAAACAGAACAUGAGUGUAGAUUUACCUAGAUACUUGCAGUUGAUGCAGGCUUGUGGGGAGGCUAAAGCUCUACAAGAAAUAAAAUCUGUUUAUGAUUAUCUCAUUAGGUCAAUGGGCCCUGUUAAAGUCAGCAUCCAUAACAAGGUCUUGGAGAUGUAUUCCAAGUGUGGUUCAAUGUCAGAUGCAUAUGAGUUGUUUGAAAAAAUGCCUGAAAGGAAUAUGACAACAUGGGAUACCAUGAUAACAUGGCUCGCAAAAAAUGGGCUUGGGGAGGAUGCCAUUGAUAUGUUCACUCGGUUCAAGGAAGCACGUUUGAGGCCUGAUGGGCAAAUGUUUAUUGGGGUGUUCUCUGCUUGUAGUACACUUGGUGACAUUAGUGAAGGAAUGCUGCACUUUGAAUCAAUGAGUAAGGAUUUUGGAAUUGUCCCCUCCAUGGAGCAUUAUGUCAGUGUGGUGGACAUGCUGGGAAGCACAGGCUAUUUGGAUGAAGCUGUGGAGUUCAUUGAAAAGAUGCCAUUUGAGCCAAGUGUUGAUGUAUGGGAAACCUUGAUGAAUCACUGUAGAGUUCAUGGGAACAUGGAACUUGGGGAUCGUUGCGCUGAGCUUGUCGAUUGUUUAGAUCCUUCCCGACUGACAGACCAAUCCAGGGCAGGCCUUGUGCCAGUGAAAGCCUCGGAUCUUACAAAACAAAAGGAGAAGAAGAAAUCGUCAGGCCAGAACCUUCUGGAGGUAAGGAGUAGGGUCCACGAGUAUAGGGCCGGAGAUACAUCCCACCCUGAAAAGGACAAGAUCUAUGCACAACUGAAGGCGAUGAAUGCACAAAUGAGGGAGGCUGGUUAUGUACCUGAUACAAGAUUUGUUUUACAUGACAUAGAGCAAGAAGGCAAGGAGGAAGCCCUUCUUUGCCAUAGUGAGAGACUUGCUGUUUCUUAUGGCCUCAUAAAUAGUGCUGCUCGUUCUUCAAUUCGGAUAAUCAAGAACCUCCGUGUGUGUGGGGAUUGCCACAAUGCAUUGAAGAUCAUAUCAAAGCUUGUCGGCAGGCAACUCAUCAUCAGAGAUGCAAAGCGGUUUCACCACUUUGAAAAUGGUCUAUGUUCUUGCCGAGAUUAUUGGUAAACUUAGAGCGAUUGUUAAACCCAGCCUCAAUUAAUGUCUUU